ACUUCUUACAAACUACGAAUGACGUUUACACCAUCACCAGUACGCCGCCUCUUCGCUGYUUCGGCGCUGCUAUUGCUYUKCAGCCACGUCAAUGCCGACGGUUAUCAUUAUGGACCACCGACGGCACCAUCAGCACCGGCACGYCCACCCAGUAAUUCGGGUCAUUACUUUGGACCUAUACCAACUAUAGCGCCACUACCACCGAUACCAGCUCUGCCAGCACUACCCACUGGCCGGCCGCGCGUACAGCAUUUCCUGCCAGGUCCGCCUCCCMCACGCACGCAAACGCAAACAAUCGUKCAAGUGCAUCCCGGMUCAUCUGCGGCACCACGUCCAGCAACGCCUCAACAAUUACCUCCGUCCGGCCCUUACAAUUCGUUCGGUGGUAACUUCGGUGAGCGCUUACCAGCACAACCAACCCAAGGUGGUGGCUAUCAUUAUGGACCUCCUACCGCAUUAACGCCCUCGGCACCAUCCGGCCCUGGUGGUUUCCCACAGGGUCCACUCCAACCACAACCUGUACGUGUGCCAUUCGGUCAACAACCGAUUUACAAAAUUGGUAAUGAUCUCGGUCCCGACGAUGAUUUCUAUGUGGUCAACGGACGUCAGUUGAAGCAAUACGCCGUGGUGGAAUUUGUCGACAACGAUAUCUCACAGGACACCAAACCGUUCCUCACACAAUCGUUUGUGAAUAAUUACCGCGCAUUCGUGGGCGCUUCUGGCACCGGCGCUAUUGCACCAUUACCCUCGGCCAUGCAAUUGGAUUCCRCAGCAAAUGCGAUUUURCGUGAGCAGCAACGUCUCGCCUUCAGAGGUGCCACCGCACGUGGUGACACGAUCGCUUUAGGUUCGGGCGGCAUCGGUUACGUGCGUCUGCCCGAUGGCAGCAUAACUUUAGGUUCGGGCUCGCUAAACUUCGUAACUGGCCAACAACAUUUGUCCGAGCUGCGGAAUGCGCGUACACGCUCCGAGUCACAACGCGAUCCACUACAUUUCGGUCAUGGCCCAUUGGAGGAUCCUGCUAUACAAGUGAACGGAGUGCUAAAUAAUGGCUUCUUUUGAGASGUGUUGCCUUAAGUACAUAUUUGUUUCAUGUCACUCACUCGCUUCUUUCUAAGAAAUUUAMAAUUUAUUUUUUAUGAUUUUUUGUUUAAACGCUGAUUUUGUUCUCUUUUGUAAAAUAUUGCUGCCAACUUUAGUUUUAAGUUAUUGAAGAGGAAUAAGCAAGUUGAAAUAACUGUAUAUAUGUAAAUUUGCAUAAAUAUUUUGUAUUUGCAAUGCAUAUUCGACUUAGUUGACCUACGAAGCUUAUGUACACACCAAUGUAUAUAUACAUACUACUUGCCUAUAUUAAAAUAAAGAAAUAAUAUUUAAUAAA